AUGAAUGUUAUUGUUGGAAAUAAUCAUAGUGUUUUAUCGUUAUUUAAUCAAUUAGUAUAUAAUUUAAUUAAAGAUCGUGCUAACUCCUACAAAUUAAUAUCGGUUUUAAAUGAAACAAAUAUUGAUAAAAUUAAAUGGAAAGAUUUUCAACAUUGUGUUACAUUUAUUGAUGGUAAAGAUGUUGAUAAAGAUUGUUUAUAUAAUGAUUUCAAUCAUAUAAAAUCAAAAUUUGUUGAACUUAAGAACAAAUUUGAUGGUAUUUAUAAACAAGUACAAGGAUUUAUUCCGUCAAAUUUGAUUUUAUCGAAACAAGAUGGAACAAUGUUAAGUAAUGAAAACAAUGUGAAAUUCAGAGAAAAGGUGGCUAUUCAACCGAUGACAACUCAAUCAUCUCUGACCAGUCGUACAUUUGCUCCAUUGAAUACACCUUUGUAUCGUCGUCGACAAACACUUACAAUUCUUGUUUUCUGGAUUCUGCCAUGGUUUUGUCUAUACGUAUCAUUGCUCUUGCUUCGAUCAAACAAUUGGUAUUUGUUUUUCGGUUUCAUUGCCUAUUUAACAUGGAUGGUUUUCUUUCGAAAAUAUCCACGACAAGGUGGUCUCAAGCAACAAUGGCUUCGUCGACUAGUAUGGUGGAAAUGGUUUGCUGAUUAUUUUCCAAUUCAAUUGCAUAGAACAUGUGAUUUACCGGCUGAUCGUUCGUAUAUAUUUGGCUAUCAUCCUCAUGGCAUCAUUUCACUUGGUGCUUUUUGCAAUUUUGCUACAGAAGCUACUGGAUUUGAAGAGAAAUUUCCUGGCAUUAAUCUUCGUUUGCUUACAUUAAAAUCCAAUUUUCGCAUUCCAUUCUUUGGUUUCUAUUUGUCUCUAUUGGAAAAAGGCAAUGGCAAUAGUUUGAUGUUAGUUUUGGGUGGUGUCAAAGAAGUAUUAGACGCUCGACCUUCAUGCGACUACAUCUUGACACUUAAAAAUCGUAAAGGUUUCGUUAAAAUUGGUCUCGUCCAUGGUGCCAGUCUUGUACCUGUAUUUUCAUUUGGUGAAAAUGAUCUUUAUGAACAACUAGCCAAUCCACGUGGAUCAAAACUACGACAAUUCCAAGUAAUGUUACAAAAGAAAACAGGUUAUACAAUACCAUUCUUCAGAGGACGUGGUGUAUUUCAAUAUGCUUUCGGUUUUUUGCCCAACCGACGAGCAAUCAAUACCUAUGUUGGUGAACCAAUUGAAUUGCCAAAAUUGUCACGAGAAGAAAUAACAAAUGAAAUUAUCGACAAAUAUCAUACACAAUAUAUGGAUGCAUUGAUGCGUCUAUUCGAUGCACACAAGGCAAAACACGACAAUAAGGAUGCAACAAUCAAAUAUGUCAAUGCUGAUGAUUACUAG